GCCGCCGGCCCCCUGCGCCAUGCCGCUCUUCUCAGUUAACGUGAAAUGGGGAAAAGAGAAGUUUGAUGGUGUGGAGCUCAACACUGAUGAGCCUCCAAUGGUCUUCAAAGCCCAGCUGUUUGCACUGACUGGAGUACAGCCUGCUAGGCAGAAGGUGAUGGUGAAAGGAGGAACUCUGAAGGAUGAUGACUGGGGGAACCUGAAAAUAAAGAAUGGGAUGACCUUGUUAAUGAUGGGUUCUGCAGACGCGCUGCCCGAGGAGCCGCUCGCCCGCCCCGUCUUUGUCGAGGACAUGACAGAGGAGCAGCUGGCUUCAGCUCUGGAGCUGCCCUGUGGCCUGACAAACCUUGGCAACACUUGCUACAUGAACGCCACCGUGCAGUGCAUCCGCUCCGUGCCCGAGGUGAAAGAGGCCCUCAAAAGAUAUGGUGGUGCCUUAAGAGCUUCAGGAGAAAUGGCCUCUGCUCAAUACAUUACUGCAGCUCUUAGAGACUUGUUUGAUUCCAUGGAUAAAACCUCCUCCAGUAUCCCACCUAUCAUUCUCCUGCAGUUCUUGCACAUGGCCUUCCCACAGUUUGCAGAGAAGGGUGACCAAGGCCAGUACCUCCAACAGGAUGCCAAUGAGUGCUGGGUGCAGAUGAUGAGGGUGCUACAGCAGAAGCUGGAAGGCAUUGAAAGUGACACAGUCAUGGAGACAGACUCUGGAGCCACAGCAGCAUCUCCCAAGAAGAAGAGUUUAAUUGACCAGUUCUUCAGCAUCGAAUUCGAAACAGCCAUGAAAUGUACAGAAGCCGAAGAAGAGGAAGUAACUAAAGGAAAGGAGAAUCUGCUCCAGCUUAGCUGCUUUAUCAAUCAAGAAGUGAAAUAUCUGUUUACAGGACUAAAGCUGCGACUUCAGGAGGAAAUCACCAAACUCUCUCCAACACUUCAGAGAAAUGCCCUCUACAUCAAAUCCUCUAAAAUCAGUCGCCUGCCAGCCUACCUGACUAUCCAGAUGGUCAGGUUUUUCUACAAAGAGAAGGAAUCUGUGAAUGCCAAAGUCCUCAAGGAUGUUAAGUUUCCUCUUAUGUUGGAUGUCUAUGAGCUGUGUACUCCAGACCUCCAGGAAAAAAUGGUCUCUUACCGAUCCAAAUUCAAAGACCUAGAAGACAAAAAAGUAAACCAGCAGCCAAAGAAUUCCAGUAAAAGCGAUGGUGCACAGAAGGAAGUCAAAUACGAGCCCUUUUCUUUCCCUGAUGACAUUGGCUCCAAUAACUGUGGCUACUACGACCUGCAGGCAGUGCUAACACACCAGGGCAGAUCCAGCUCCUCUGGGCACUACGUGUCCUGGGUUAAGAGGAAACAAGACGAAUGGAUCAAGUUUGAUGAUGACAAAGUCAGCAUUGUCACACCCGAAGACAUCCUGAGGCUAUCUGGGGGUGGAGACUGGCACAUAGCUUAUGUUUUACUGUAUGGGCCACGCAGGAUUGAAGUCGUGGAGGACCAAGCUGAGCAGUAGGCUUCAGCUGUAGUCAUUCUGCCUAGGUGUGAAAUAAAUGUUGAUUACUGAUCACUUCUUUAACCCCAGAGCUUUAGCAAGUGGAUAAAUCAUUUCUUCAACCCUUUUCAUGUGAAGAGGGCUGUUUCCAACCUGCCCCCUGUACCAUGCUGUGGCUGUGGACUGGGCUGCCUGCUGUGGUGGUGACAAGGCUCCAUUAAAGACCUCUCAUGGCUUGCAGAAGAGAUUCUCAUUUUUCUUUUUCAAAUGAGCCUCUGGCCUGUUCCUUCUGCUGUCCUCAAGUAUUUAUUGCACACCUAUUCUCACUCCCCUACUCCUGCAUGGUUUACACCACAGUUCAGUAGCUUUCCAUCUUUACCCUACCUGGCAGCUCUGUUAGGGAGGUAGAUCAACUGCUGCCUUGCUGUGUACCUCGGUGCUGCUGCCCAGAGCCACUAACAGGGGCUGCAACCCAAGACCUGUCUAGCCUGGCUGCUGCCCAGGGCUGCUGUGUGGCUGCAGCUCCUGGCUCCAGAAGUGAUUGUGAUCACAGGUGUGUCUCCA